AUGCUUACCGACAAAGCGAUGCGGAAGGGGCAGAUGCUGCAUUUCAUUCUUGAUGUCAAGGACAAUGGAACUCCACAACUGACUACGUACAAACGUGUCGUAGUUCAAACGACCGACUUGAGUUUGAAGGGCCAGGGACAUAAGGCAACAGAGACACUCACUCAUGCGCUGGGAUUGAGAACCGCGGACCACUAUUAA